AUAAAAUAUUCAAAAUUCAAGCCUAAAUUUCAUAUUGAUUAAGGAGAAAAGGAAGAUCUUAAAUAAUAAAAUUUAGGAAUCUGAAGAACCACUAUAAUAGAAGUAGGAUAUUAAAAUUAAGAGCUAUGUUAAUUAGGGCAAGUAUGAGGAGGAAUUAAAAAUUGAUAACAAAUAUAAAGGAGAGUAAGCUACAAUAACAAAAUGAUAAGAAAUUUAUAAAUAGGUUGUAAACAAUCAGAAGUAUGUAGGCUAAUGGUUGAAAAAUAUGAAAAAGUAAUAUACCAUACAAAAUAAACAAUCUAUAUUAAAAAUUGUAUAAUAGCAAAAGUUAUUACAUGUCGUAGGAUUAAACUAAGACUAAGGAACCUGAUGGUAUUCUGAUGGAUCUAAGUAUUGAAAAGAUAAACAAAUUGAAUAAGGG